CUUCAGUCGUCAGCCGCACAGCGCGAGUGGAGGAAUAAGAAUAUUCGUCUUCUGCACUUGUGGCUCGAGCAUUUAUGCCAUUAGUCCACCACUGACAGCACAUAAUGUCGCUCGUGCGGAAUUUUGUGGUGACCCUUGCUCGCAGCCGGUUCGCCGCCAUCAGGCAGUCACCACUCCGUGGAAACAAGCAGAAUCUGCUGCUGGGUUUCAUAGGCUGUCGGCUAGUAUCGACUCACCAUGUCACGAAGAACAUGGAGCUCAUCACCAUGGACUCGAGGCCACCGACUCUGGAAAAAUUGGAGAAUGAUGGAAAGCCAGAGGAUAAACCACUGCUGGUGCUGCUCUCGUGGCUGAUGGCAAAGCCGAAGUACGUGAGGAAGUACGCUCAACUGUACUUGGAGCAGGGCUUUGACGUCCUUCACGUCGGGUCGACCCCCUGGCAGAUAAUGUGGCCAGUUAAAGGGACCAGACCCAUUGCACACGACCUGCUGGCCUUCCUCGAGCAGAACACAAAGAAUAGCCAGCAAAUAAUGAUCCACGGUUUUUCCGUUGGUGGAUACAUGUGGGGAGAGCUACUGACUUACGUCCACAAAGAUCGUCGAAGAUACGACCCCCUGAUGGAGAGAAUUGUCGGUCAGGUAUGGGACAGUGCCGUGGACGUCAGUGAAAUGUGCAUCGGCAUACCCAAAGCUGUCUUCCAGAACAAUGCAGUGAUGCAGAAAUUUCUUGAAAAAUAUUUAGAGUAUCACUUGAAGACAUUCUACAAUCAGGCGACGCAGUACUACAUCAGAUCGAGUCAAAUGUUUCACACGAAUUUAGUCAAGGCACCAGCUCUCUUUCUGAUCAGCAAUACUGAUACUGUUGGAACUGUUGAGAGCAAUAUGAGGGUUCGAGACUCUUGGGAAUCGAUGGGAACACCUACGUAUGUCAAGAUUUUCGAUCAUUCAGCGCACGUUGGACACUUCCGAAAAUACCCGAGGGAAUACACCCAAGAACUGUACACAUUCCUCAACAUGCUGAAAAUGGUCAAGAAUGAGGAUAAACUUCGCGCCCGUAUGCUGAAUUGACACAACCUUGAUGUGCGGUCGAAAUACGAUAUAAAAUGAGCUACAGCAUUGACUCUCGUGUUCUAAUGACUUUUUGAAAGGGAAUACCGCUGUUGGAUAAGCAAUCAAGUGCCUUUAGCUGCCACUUCGUCUCGAAUUUCCCCUUCAUUAUUAAGGAGAACUAUUUCGUUUUUCAAGAACACAAAUGGUUCACGAAAUUUUUCGCUUAGAGAUUUGAAAUACGAAAAUUGUUGAUAAAUAUAAGAUUAUUUUUUCUUUUAUAAGUACAAUAAUUCGUUAAUUUCACAUAGAUCAAGAUAUUUCCCAUUCAAUUUGCAUAUCCAACAGUGAAAAAAAUUUAUGCAACUGAAAAUCGCAAUUUCCUGUGAUUGUGGGGUAAAAAUGAGCAUUCGCUGAUGUAUAGUCAAUUGCCUUCAGUGAAUCAAACGUCACCCAGUUGAUUCAAUCAGCCCCAUUAAUCGAUGAUUCGACAUUAACCUAAUUAUUGAGCAAUCAACAGAAUUUGUUUCUCUUUUCAUAAAUAUCUGUCAGGGAAGCAAAUAAUUUUUUUACUGUGAUGUACCACAUAUUGAAUAAAGGUGAAAUUAAAGUCAA